AUGAAGCAGCUACUUCGGCAAAUGACCCCAAUUCGCGAGAAAUCGAUCGAUGAGGAAGCCCCAUCCGACGAGAAAGCCCCAUCCGACGAAAAAGCCCCAGCUGAUGAGAAAACCUCAGCCAAGGUUGCUGUCAUUCAACAGCCGGCCAUCUACAACAAACGUCUUGAGUUUAUCCAAGCACUCUUCGAUAUCAAGCCUGAGGAUGUCGUCAACUUCCCAGGGAUUGGGUCAUACUGUGACUAUUUGGAGCGUGAAGCCUUUCAUCCGUUGACUGGUCCAUCCUUUGACCCAAUUUGGGGUUUGAUACCCUAUAAAAAUCCCAGAGAGAUAACAGAUCGCUGGGACUGGAUCCUUGCGGUGCUACAGGCGAUGGGAUCAGAAGAAACUGAGAUCAGCAUACACGACAUAUUACAACGUCUGAAGGUGCGAGGAGGAGAUCACAGCGCAAUACUUGAUCGGUGCAAGGAUAAAAGCUCCUUUUACAUUGCCAUUUUCGGGGUCCUGUGCUGGUCAAGCAUGGUAGCGCGUCCGAAUCUGAUUCCCACGGACAACACAGCACGCAACCUCACAUGCCUCCUGCCACAUGGGUCCAGAUUGUCCAAGGACUCCACUAUUCAUGCACUAAGUAGUCGACACAUGCGACCAAUCCCGCUCAUAUUCCGGUCUUUCAAGAUGCAGCACUGGGGUGACCAGUUGGGUGACCGCGUGCAGGGUGGAUCGUGGGAGGGGGACAGCCUAUACAAAGCAAGUCUCAGCAUAUACUCGCUGCGGUACUUUGGUCACGUCACUAUUCAGUGGGUGGAUACAAUCAGUGAGCAUCUACGGUUCAACCCUGCUACUCGGCGGUUGUCCUUGUUUCGCUUUCCGACGUUCUGCGCCUUGUUUGCAAUCUAUGGAGGCAACGUUAGCUCGGCAAUCCAAAGUAUUUCCGAGCAAAUUGAUCCCUUGUCCCCAGAAGAUCGAGACCAGUGCUGUGUUAGUCUAGAGCAAGAGGUUCUCCUUUCCUACCGUCUUCUAUUUGGGCGAGAUGGCAUGUCCAGAAAAGUCGCACAUGACGAAAUCUGCCGGCUGAAGAAGAUUCACGCAAAUCAGAGUGUCGACACUAUGCUUCUGGACCUCUGUGGACGGAAGUACAAGCAUGGCAGCUUGUGGUGGAGGACAUACGACACCGUCCUGCAGAAUUAUCCCUCUGAGAUGUGGCCCGUCACUUGUCGGACUAUGAAAGGGCACCUCCUGGAAAGCGACGUGUACAGCGUUCGCAAUGACUUUCCAAGGCUCGGACCGCGCUUGCUCAAGCUCCAGCAGUUCAACCUACGACAGAGACCCAAUAAGUUGAUUGAUCUGUGGCGCGACAGGCGAAAUCCCCUGCAGUGGUACACGUUCUGGGCGGUAGUGAUCGUUGGAGGCGUGGCCAACAUCCUGGCAGCACUCCAGCUUCUGGUCGCAAUUGUUGAAUUGCAAACCUCAUUUUAG